AUGGCGGUUUCCGUUUCCACAUCCACCGCGAUUUCUUCUUUGAGUUCCGAACGCUACACGCGCUUGCCACCCUCCGCAUCUUCUUCCGUCAAACAACCCUCGCUGCAAUUCCCCUCGCGCACGCGCCUUCUUCGGAUUAGUACUCCACGCGCUCCCACUUCCCCGGAGCGACAAUUCCUUCCUCGGGUUCAAGCUAAGAAACAAACCUUUAACUCGUUUGACGAUUUGCUUGCCAAUUCUGAAAAGCCUGUACUGGUUGACUUCUAUGCAACAUGGUGCGGUCCUUGUCAAUUCAUGGUUCCGAUACUCAAUGAAGUAAGCACUCGGCUGAAGGAUAAGAUACAGGUGGUGAAGAUUGAUACUGAGAAGUAUCCUAGCAUUGCUGACAAGUACAGAAUUGCGGCGUUGCCAACAUUCAUCAUGUUUAAGGAUGGAGAACCUUAUGAUCGUUUUGAGGGAGCAUUGACUGCAGAUCAGCUCAUUGAACGCAUAGAAGCCGGUCUGAAGGUUGAACAAUAA